AUGGUUGCUGGCUGGCUGGUUGGCCGGCCAGCCUGCCGGCCGGCCGUCACUCAUCGCACUGGUCGAGUCUUUGAUGUGGCCGCCGUUAACGGGUCUUCUUCCGCCCGCAUGCGUAGCGGCAUCGUUCAUCAUUACCGCUGUCCAUCAGGCCGUCAGUUGGCGACGGCGGUGAUCGCUCGCGACGACCGAUCGGUGCUCCUUGAAGAUUCUGCUUAUGACAACAACAAAAAAUGCCUGUACAUGAAAUUCGAUGGACAGUUCGAUUUUUUGCCUCAGCGGGGAAUGGAACGAACGAAUGUAAGAUCGAGCUAUUUGCGAGCUCCGGCGAAUCCCUUCGGCAUAGCCGAUUCUGUCGGUUAA